GUUUUGGACAUUCAUAUUCGAAGCGAAGGUUACAACGAUCCGGGAAAAGCAUACCCUCGCAGCAAAGCCUACAUUAAGGUGGAUGGGAUAGAUUAUUCUCUUCAAAAACGAGGAUUUAACGUUGUUGUUGUGGAUGGUGAAACAGGUAAUUGAUAGACUGUAGAACCGGAGUUACCUAUUUAUCAUCAUUGUUAUUUUUUUCGACUUUUUCAUUCGAGCCGAGGCAAGCCCAGGCAUGCCGAAAAUGAGUCACAUGUAUUGGAGAGGUUUGAGGUUUAUUUCGAGACUUACAAUAUCGUUCGUUGAGAAGAAAUUUGCAUUUGCCUUCGCGUUCAAUCACCUUAGAAAUAGGAGAAAAAGACAACAUGUGCUCUCCAAGUUUCGUGCUAGCCAGAAAAGGUUGAAAUUUUCCUUUUGUCUCGUCCCUUUCAACCGCCAUUCGAAACUAGCGCGAGCAGAUUGCGAGUGUAAAAAUAAAACAGGCAACAUGGACAAGUGUCCCCUCACAUCCACUCUAAGCUUGCGUCCACUUUAUCAUAUAAAAAAAACAGUAAAGUCGCAGAAUUUUACAAUAUAGUUUUUCGGAGUUAAGGAAAAACCUAAAAGAUAGAUGAUAAUAUGGUGCACUAAAUAUUUUCAUGUACAGGUGUCUUCCUCGAGGCAAGAUCAUUUGAUACUUAUGCAGAUAACUCGAGCGGCAAUCAUUUGAGGGACUUCCUCAACAACCUGAGUGGCAAGUAUGUUACAACUAAUCAGUAACUAUUUUUGUAGUAGAAGGACAUUCUUUUACACCCUACUCUUUUCUCACCAUUGAAGCAAAGAAAAAUUUGUGUGUGUGUGAUGCAACAGAUAAUAGGGUUUUACUCUAAUUUUCAACUGACAUCAUCCCUUUGCAUUUUUUGUCUUUGCUCUCAAAACAGUAAAAUCGUUUUGGUUGCUACUCAAGAUUCAGCCUCCAAGUACAUGUCACCUGCGAUUGACGCUCUCAAGAGACUGGGUGCUACCGAUCCUCUUCAGGUAAACUACCGAGAUUCCUUUGCUUUCGCUGGAUACGCAGGAGUAAACAAACCACAAUGGAUUACACAAGAAAGAGCAAAUAGAUACCUAGGACCCAGUGAGAUAUUUCCGCAAAUACCGCUGCCAGUUAAUCAAUAGAUCGGAACUACUCUUAGAUGAGCAAGCAAACAUGACGAUUCAAGACUGUACGAAUACUGUCAUCCUCUCAAAAAAAUCUGUGAUAUUUUGGGUACCAUAGCAAAUUUGCACUAACAGUUGCCAUUCUAGCGACCUGCGUUUAGAUGUAAUGAAGCAUUUAAGGGUACAGGAGACAGUCGAGGUCCCUUUUCUUCCUUUCACUUCCAAUUAAGCAUUACUAUUUUAACAACAGUUCUCCAAAAACAGAAUUGUCAAAUAUUGAAAUGCACCUAAGUUAAAAGAGUGUGAUUGGCUAAUUACAACAUGUCACUAUAAAUGACUCCCGAAGUGUUUUAUGCGGCAAAACAUCCUGGUCCUUGAAUUUCAAUGGCGUAAACAUCUUCUGAUUCCGGUUGCACGUGGAGAUCUUUGCUAUCUGUCUGCGUUUAAAACUAGACUGUGAAUAGAGAAAGAAUAAAAGGGGUAGAGUCCUCAGGUGAAAAUCAAAGAUAAACCUGGUCGUUAGCACAAUUGCAAUUGCAAGAAAUGCUGUUAAAGACUGGCUGCCUCUCCGCUGUGGAGUGCCACAAGGGAGCCUUUUAGGUCCGCUUUUUUAUAAUGCCUUUGUGAAUGAUAUCAAUUACUCAAGUGGAUCUCCCCUACGUUUAUAUGCUGAUGACACAAUGCAAUAUAUAGCCCACGAAAGCCCCUGCACUCUUGAAUCUACAUUGAAUCAAGCAAAGGUAGAUUAACGCUCUGGUUUACUGCGAACCACCUGAAAGUAAACGCUGCCAAAACUCAGGCAAUGACACUGGGGAAAUCUCAGUACCCAUACAAUAUUUGGAUUGGUGACAGGUCCAUCGAAAAUGAACCAACUCUCAAGAUUCUUGGCGUUACAUUGGAUCGGGAUUUGUCUUUCAAGCCCCACGUUGCAAUCAUGCGGAGGAGUAAGCGCUUAGUUACUUCAGACGUUAUGAUCAUUAUGCGAUCAAGACAUUACUAAAUCUAGUUAAUUCGGCUACCUAUGACUUUUGCCUAGUAAUGGCUGCUAUGAACACGCUUGAGCAGACUUACCCUGCAAUCGCUUAUUCUAUUUUGUAACGUUUUAAAGUAGAUGGCCCUAAUAAUAUCUCCCAAUUUUUUCACCUUGGUUAACAAAAUAAAAUUUACGAGGCAGGGGCUUAAAUGUUGAGCAGCCUUCGUAUAACAGCCUUGUCAUGCACAACUCCUAUUUGUACAUGAUUGCCCACAUGUGGAAUCAGUUACCAGCUGUAACCAACUCCUCGACCACUUUAGCACAAUUUCGUGUUCGCCUGAAUAAUGCUAAUUUCACAGCGUGUCAAUGUAUGAAAUGUAUAUAAUUUUAUCUAUUUUUACAUACUCUUGGGCUAGUUGAUAUUUAAAGAUACUUUUUUAUAAUAUUUAUAUAACUCGCAUUUGAUCUUGUUUUGUAUUUUUAGUUCGUCGAGCAUUUUUAACAUGAGCCUCUGGCUCGGAAGAUUGUGUAAGCACUUCCUACGUCUUCGACAUUAAAUAAACUAUCCUAUUCUAUUCUAUUCUAAAGAAAAAAGAAAAUAUUCUAUUCUAUUCUAAAGCAAAAAGAAAGUCUUUGAAUCCACCGAAAAAUGUCCGUUAGGCUCAACAAACACAUCAUUUUUUUUUUGUGGGUUUUUUUUUUUAAAUUUUCGGUAAACACGAAGAAUGUACAUGCUCCAAUUCAAAAGAAUUAAAACUGCAAUUUAAAUUCUCUCGCCUUAUUGUAAUAACAAUGAAAAGACAAUCCACCUUUUUUUUCGACAUUAGCUAGAAAGGUUUACUUCUCUGGAUUCUUGUACUGAAUGUACCCUGAUUAAACCUAAUUAUAGAAUAGUACUCUGUCAUUCCUGAAUUUGGUUGUCAACAGAAAGCUCACGAAAAUUUGAGAACGUAUAAGAACUAGGUUGAAUUAGACUGCACCUUGUUCAGAACUUCCUCAUGAUUUACAUACGUCUGUAUGGUCUAAAAACUUUAAUUUAGUCACAGCUGGUUGGUUUCGACUUAAAGAAAUGUCAAAGAAUUCAGUUUUAUCCUUGACAAAGAACUUAGCAUGAUCGUUAUGACGCGAUCGGAACACUCUCAUCAGUAAUUACACCUCAAAACACCUCGCUCCCUUGUUUUGGUCCUAUUUUAGGAACUCUUGUGAAAGUUUUUAAGUCUUUCGUUUUGGGAAAUCUCCGGGGACUUAAAAAUAAGAAAUGAUUAUUUUGACUCCACAUUUAACCCAUAAGAAAAGGAUCUCCGAUAUUUUAGACAUAACAUUCUCGUUUUCUUUGCAAUUAUCUUCAUGGGUUGGAUUGUUAUGUAAAUUAAUAUAGCUUCUCAUAAAUAAACCGUUUAAAUAAAACUUAAGUUUCAUUCAAGAGUAACCAAUUAACAAUAACUAAUGCUUUCUAACCUGUUUUGGUGUGAGGUGCGUUAUUGAUUUGAUGCCCGUUUUUGCGUGCGGUACUUUUUAUGUUUUAAAGGUAAAGAAUUAUUUCAGUGGUUUGAUGGUAAAUUGCAAAUUUGAAAUGGAACAGCGGAUGCAAUACAUUGAAAGUGUGUUCCUGUGAUUGGUUCAUUUAAGCGAUUUUCUUUCUGUCGCUGGAAGAUGGAGGGCAGUAAACUACUUGCUUCCUAUCUACUGUCAUUACUACUAUGUACUGACGUUUCGUUUGGCGCUAAAUACUUUAAUCAUGAUGACAAACGAAGAGAACGACACGCAUAUUUUGUAAGGAAUCCUUCAAAGCGACUAAAUUCAUCUAUUCUGGAUAGUUUUAUGGUCUCCGAGCCUAUGAGGUGUUUUUUUCGAUGUGUUAGUCACCAAGAAUGUUAUUCAGUAAAUUUCGCUUCGGUUUCACAUGACGGAAGACAUAUGUGUGAGCUGUUGAACGCGGACAAGUUUCAAAACUCCAGCAAUUUUCUUCAUAGUAUCAGCUUUGACCAUUAUAAUAAGAAGGUAAGUGCGAACGUAUCCCGUUUUACAAAUUUGAUUGUGGCAUCUGUGUUGUGUGUGUAUGUUUUGCACGCUUGAAAACAUUCUUUCAUCUUAAUCUAAGGCAGUACAAAAGCAGAAGUUCAUGUUCACUCAUAUCAAUUUUGAUAUAACUUCCGUGAAGAGUAGAUUAUCAUUUUUAAUAUUUGAUUAUUUUUUUUUUGAUACUAACGGCAGCAGAAGGGCGUCGAAAAAACGGAAAUUUAGUGAGAGAGGGCUCUGGCUUUGUUUCUUCACAACUGAGGAAGUAUUUAGAGAAAAAUAUUGUCGUAGACGGGGGUUAUUGCGUGCUAACUAUCCGGUGAUUUUGCACCACGUAAUUUAGCUUACGUUUAGCCGUUACCUCUUCCCGAAGGUGAAACAGAAGUGAGGGAACGUCUUCCCAAAUCUGACACUAAUCAUGUUCCGUGACGUCACUCUUUUGCAAGCAAAUAUACAAUGGCCUUUUAUUUACAGAGACAUUUCAAGAAGAAUGGAAGAAAGCCAUAUAUAUGUUUUUCGAAGUUAACGGUCUCCAUUUCGUCACCGACUGGCUAUGGAAAAUCUUCAAUAUAUCAAGCUGCGCCAGUGAUCGAUGGACUCCCUUCUCCAGAAGAGCCGUUAACUAUAUUUAUUGUGCCGCCCGUUAAAGCUCUCACAGAAGAUAAGGUGCAAUCUCUUAAUGUACUUGGGCCAAGAGGAUUGUGCGCCUCAGCUUUAACUUUAAAUUAAAGCAGUUGUUUCUUGCAGCUAUUCUUUCGAUUGAGAAAAGAGUGGCUCUUUCUUCACGCUUGCAGCGUAACUAUCUUUUAAAGAAAUCUAAAAAAACCUUGAGAAUUUGCAGCAAGUGAUCCAAAUUUUUUGACGACCGUGGCACUGUUUACAAAUACAAGCAGAAACCGCGUGGACGUUGAAAUCUAGUUUCGUAAGCGCGAUGCUAAUCGAACAUCGUCCUCCUCUUACUCUAUACCAAAAAUCGCUCAUAACCUUUUCCUAUAUUCUUAGAGCAAAGUAUAUAUUUGAACUCGGACGCUGAAUUGCAAAUUUGCCCGAAAAAUGGAAAAUGAAUUCACUUCAAUGUUGUUGUUUAUCUGGGUAACUUUCACGCUAACACGUGCCACUUCAAAAAAAAAGUGACAUUAUUUUGCAUAAGUUAAAGUGAUGUCACGGGACACGAUCAGUGUCAGGUUCAAGGCGUAAACGUUCCCUCGCUUCCGUUUCACCAUGGGGGAAGGGUACGGCUACAAGUAAGUUACUCGUAAUGUAAAGCAGCCAAUCAUAAUCGCGCGAGAAUUGAUGGGUGGGUUAUAGCUUGAAAUGCCCCCACGCCGACCCAGCACUACAGUUUAUUUAGGAAAUAAUUAAUUUAAGGCUCGGCCAAAGUAGAUGACAUGAUCUGCUCAAACUCACGCGUAAAGGCCUGGCCAAACGCACGCAACAUUUCAACGCAAAAUUUGGCAACAUCGUUGGAUUGUGUUGUGAGGUGAUGUGAAGGAGCUCUCCAAACGUGCGCAGCAUCUUGAAACAUUCAAAAAUGCGGCAACCAAAAUUUGACCAUUUUCAAAAUUUAUCCAAAACCAUCCAACACGCUGCAACAUUUUGCUUCAAGGUGUAGAUGUACAUGUCCCAAGAUGUUGCGUUGAAAUGUUGCGUGCGUUUGGCCACGCCUUGACAGAGCGAGUUUGGGCAGAUCACGUCAUCUACUGUGUUCUUAUUGGGGCUGUGUUAUUUUAAGAAAUUUUUUUUUGUCUUGUGGAAUAGAGCCCCUGCAUGAGCAGUCCCUGCCUAGAUGGAGCCUUAUUCUGUCGACCAAUUUACCAGCAGGACGAUUAUCAGUGUGUCUGCAAACCAGGAUUUACUGGACACUACUGUGAAACGGGUGAGUUAUUAUACUGAGCUGUAUUUUUUCAUGUAUCAGCUUUUACUCGCUUCUAGUUAUCCUUCUCAUUAAUUGCUCAAUAAAGAUUAAAUAUUAUUACAACAUAUCGCGGGCGCAGUCCCACCUAAUCCUUAGGGAGCUACUCUGGCACGCUUCUUUCGUUCUCUCCAUUACUCGUUACACUUGAGUAUGAAUCAAUUCGGUCAGUUAACAGAGUUGAUAGACGGCCGCCCGAGAUUUGCACUUGAAACCGUCAAUGACCUUUGAUGAAACAAAAACUAGGAGAGAUUAUUGGUGCAGAUGCGUCCACUUUCUGUUUAUGACAUAGUGAUUGUGAUCCUUAUUUUUUGGUAAGGAGUUAAUAAUCGACCCUCUCUGCCCUGACCGUAAAAAAACCGUUAUUACUCUUUUAUCGCCCCUUGAAAGUGAAACUAUUUAUUAAAGAAAAGCAUUUGGGUAUCCAUUCAAUUUGACACCACAAAUUUCGCCACCACUGAGAGUCAAAUCGCCAAGGGUGGCGAUUUGACUUUUUCGUUAUGAGUAGCCUGUCGUAUGAAACUUAUAUUAAAUGAAAGCUAAGAUGUAGUAGAAUAUUGCAAAAAAGGAAAAGGACUCAGAACUUAUGUGCAGCCUCUCAAUUAUGGCUCGUUAACCGUUUAAUGAAAUGAAAAUUUUCUAUAUCACGAAGAUUAUAUGAUAAGUUUGCAUAAAGUGAAACCAGAGUUAUUUUCGCCGAGUGCUUUUCGCUGAGUAAUUUCCGCCGAGUGCUAUUCGCCAAUUGAUUUCCGCCGAUGUUUGUGAACUCGUAUGAAAUUGUAUUGUAAUCCUAUAUUUUGACUGCUAGAUCACCCUAACUAGAAAUUCAUGCUUUUUCUAUUCUUGCAGCUCGUGUUUUGGACAUUCGUAUUCGAAGCGAAGGUUGCGAUGAUCCAGGAAGAGCAUCCCCCUGCGGCAAAGCUUACAUUGAGGUGGAUGGGACAGAUUAUUCUCCUCAAGGAAGAGGAUAUAACGUUGUUGUUGUCGAUGGUGAAACAGGUAAUUGAUAGACUGCAGAACUGGACUUGCCUAUUUGUCAUCAUAGGUUUUUUUCGGCGUUUGUCCGUCGAGCAGAGGCAAGCCCUAGGCAUGUCGAGAAUGGGCUCACAUGACAUGGAGAGGUUUGUCUAGAGGCAGGAGAGAACAAACGUACAAUAUUCGCUAGGAGGACAUUUGCAUUUGCCUCUGUUUUUACUCACCUUAGAAACGGGAAAAAAAGAGCACGUGUGUUCUCCAAGUUUCGUGCUAGCCAGAAAAUGCUAAGAAAAAAUUUUGGUCUCGUCCCUUACAAACGCCAUUCGAAACUAGCGCGAGCGGAUUACGAGCGUAAACAUAAAACAGACAACAUGGACAAGUGUCGUCCCCCACUCCAACUUCAAGCUGAUGUCCACUUUGUCAUAAAACAUGUAAAUUCGCAGAACUUUUCAUAAUACUUCCUCGGUUUAAAGAAAAACCUGAAAGGUAGAUCAUAAGAUGAUGCUCUAAAUAUUUUCAUGUACAGGUGUCUUCCUUGAGGCAAGAUCAUUUGAUACUUAUGCAGAAAGUUCGAGCGGCUAUCAUUUGAGAGACUUCCUCAACAACCUAAGCGGCAAGUAUGUCACAACUUAGUAGUACCUAUUGUUGUACGUACAACACUUUAAGUACUUUUGGUAGACAAUAAAUACUCCUGAUGAUAAUGCUUCCUUCACCGUCCAUCUCGAUUUUCCUGCUUGACGCUCUUUUCUACAUUGUCUUUUACACGCCACUCCUUUCUCGCCAUUGAAGCAAAGAAAGAGAAAGAAGCGUCUGCUCUCGGAGGCUACCUUACCAAUUUACUUUCAGGAACCCGUCAACGGGAGCCGCUAUCUCCACUGAUUCUUUGAGUCAACACUUUCCCUGAGUGAAAAUAUUUUUAGAACCACAGCUUUUUCCCGCAAAAAGGAUCAUAUUCCGUCAGAACAACCGCGAAUCGCAAAAUAUGGUUUCACAGCCCAAUGCAAAUGAGCAGAUGAUUUUGUCGCAGAACGCAAAAAUUGCGUUAGGAGCCUUUCUUUCAGUAGCUAGAUAUACUCGGGAAAGGGUUGACUCCAAGGCUUAGUAUGAGAGAUAACUAGGUAGAGAGAUGGAAGGCUUAGUAUGAGAGAUAAUUAGGUAGAGAGAUAGAAGGCUUAGUAUGAGACUCCUACUGUGGGAGAAGGGUUUUGUUGUAAAAAGACAUACACAUGCAUAAAUUUUCCCAGAUGGCUGAAUGUUAUGAUAUACAGGCAUGUUUGCUAGUUUUUUGUUUGUGUGUUGGCAACAGAUAAGGGGGCUUUCUACUCUAAUUUUUAACUGAUCUCACCCCUUUGCAUUUUGUGUCUUUGCUCUCGACACAGUAAAAUCGUUUUGGUUGCUACUCAAGAUUCAGCCUCCAAGCACAUAUCACCUGCAAUUGAAGCUCUCAAGAGACUGGGUGCUACCGAUCCUCUUCAGGGAAACUACCGAGAUUCCUUUGCUUUCGCUGGAUACGCAGGAGUUAACAAACCACAAUGGAUCACACAAAAAAGAGCAGAUAGAUACCUAGGACCCAGUGAGAUAUUUCCGCAAAUACCGCUGUCGGGACUAAUCUAAGAUGAGCAAGCAAACAUAACGAUUCAAGACUUUAUGAAUAUUGUAAUCCUCUCAACAAAAUCUGGUGAUAUUUUGGAUACCAUAGCAAAUCUGCAGUUACAGUCGCCAGAAUGAUGACCUGUGUUUGGAUGUAAUGAAGCUUUUAAGGAUAUACAGUACACAAUCGAGCUUACCCUUUUUUUUUCUUUUUUUUUUCACUUCCAAUGAAGCAUCAUUAUUUCAACCACAGUUUUCCAAAAACAAAAUUGCUAAAUAUUGAAAUACGCUUAAUAAGUUUUAAAAAGUGUGAUGAGCCAAUUUUAGCAUGUCACCUCAAAUGAUUCCCUAAGUGUCUUAUGCGGCGAAAAAUCCUAGUCUUUGAAUUUCAGUCACGUAAACAUCUCCUGUUUUCGAUUGCACGUGGAGAUCUUUGCUGUCUGUCUGCGUUUAAAACUAGACUAUAAAGAGAGAAUAAAAGAGAACAAAAGGGGUAGAGUCUUUAGGUGAAAAUCAAAAAGAAGCCCGGCUGUAAGCACAAUUGCAAUUGCAAGGAAUGCUGUUAAAGUUGCGACUUUAUCUGCAAUAAAAUAUUUCCUUUCUUUGCUCGGUUGUCGUAAUAUUAAACUUUGAAAUGUUGCGUGCAGUUCAGUGACAAUUGAUACCUUAUUGCCUUUUGUCAGAAAUUUUCAUUCGAGAGAAAAUUUUAUAUAUACUCUUCAGGUCACCAAACAGCUGUGACGUUGUAGAAACUUAAGCCUAAUUAAAAAAAGAUGAAAAAUAGUAAAAAGUGUUAAGUUAAAAAUUUUAUUUUUAAAAACAAUCUGUAAUAAAUAUGAGGCAAUGACUUGAUUUGUCUCUAAAAUUUUAUUUCGUCUCCUUCUUCUCUAGGAUUAAAUUUCUGAGGAUGGAAAUCCAGUUUUGCACUUAACUGAAACACUUUUCUUUCUGUUUUUUUGCAAUCCCUGGAAAUAUCAGGAGAACCGUAGAAACACGCGCAACGAUCCCAAUAUCAAAAAUGGUUCAGUUACGGUGGACAAUUAUUUUUCCAAAUUGAGAAAUUGACUCAAGGUUACUGAGAAAUAAUACUUCUCUUCUUAUAUUCUUAUUCUUCUUCCACUUUCUCAUAUGGCAGGUAAACAAGUUCAAUGAUGUUUGAAAGAAAAAAAACAUCUCUACCUUUCUUAUCACUCGAUUAAUGAUUGUUAUUAUGAAAAUAUACAUAAAAUACGAUUAGGCUUGCGCCAUGCCACACAUAGUUACUGACUAUCAUGAACUGGAUUAAACUCUCAUACAAAAAUUUUUGUCAUCUGCUGCAGCUGUCGGCUUCGAGCCCACUGAAACACAAGACCUUGUACAACUUGUGGAAGAAAAAACACUCUCAAGCGAACAAAAAUUUCAAAACGUGUACGAUCUUCACACCUAGCUUCAAAUUACAAAUUUACGUUAACUCAACAUCUUUCCAGUAUAUUUUGACAUGGUUCCUCCUUUGUUCAAGGAUUCAAGCUCGUCUGAUAGUUUUAAAAACUUUAGUUAGCUGGAAGAUGAAUGAUGUAGGUUUGAAAAUAAAAUCCGUAGAGCUUUAAGACAUCAACAGCAGAUUUGUUACGCUUUGGACUUAACUUGCCUCGAAAAAAACUUUAUUGAUAAAAGCUUCGGGGAGUGAAUCGAUUGUUGUUGUCUUUCGCAACUAAAAAUUUAUGUCCAGCAGAUUCGAUGUCGUGAUCCCGAAAAUUAACAAAGUUUAACUAACAGAGAAACAACCUUGGAGCCUGCUGUUGCUAUCAAAUUAAAUUCAUUACUUAUUGAUAUGGUCUCUUAAAGGCGAAAAAAAUAGAUUAUAUCUUCCAUGCCUAAUAUGUGGAGUUAAAAAUUUCGUUCGUGAACUUUGAUUUUAAACCCCAACUUUAAAAAAAAAGGAAAAUGCUAUGAUACAGUCGAACGUGUCCUUAGCGGCGGUCACCCACGGUGAAUGGCUAAAUACAGGUACCUCAGAUUAAAGGUAUUAUGAUAAACGAUACAACAAAUUCUACUUCCUUUAAUUUUGGGAGAGAAACAUGGAUUGAAAAUUACUAGAAAUAUUAUUCUUAGUCUCAAUUGAGUGAUUCGGCUUUUAGUGACCGUUCAGUACAGGUAGAAGAGAACACAAACAGGCCUUCGAGACUUAGUAAAGCCUGACUGCUACCGCUUAAUAGAGGUGACUGCUUAAUAAAGCAGAAAUUAUAGUGAUUAAGGAGGAAAAAACUAAUGACUUUGGCAACCGACCGCUUAACUCAGGUUGAUCGCAUAAUACGGUGCCGCGUAAUACAGGUUCCACCGUAAUUAGGGACUUUAAGUAGACCACGACAACGAGGACUUGAUAAAAAAAAAUUCUAACGGAGAGAUCAAUAGCUCAGCACGUGCGUUUUAAAAGUAUGUACAUUUCUCAGCCGUGCUCUGCAAAACAACGACGUGAAAUCACCAAAAUUUGCGUGGUCUGAGAACAGAGACCUUAACAGCAAAUUUUUUAAAUUUCUAGCACUGCUCACAUACGUUAUGCUGAAGCUGAGGUGUUUCGCCACGAGAGACGUUGAACACAUCCAGCUAUUGCGAAAUUCUUACCAUGAAUAUAAAGUCAUUUUUGACCGACUUCUUUCCCGGCGUUGCCUUCCUGACUGCUUAAAGUCCUUAAAUGCAUGCCUUCCUACUAAUUUACGGGCCUUACUAAAAAGGUAUCACGGCGUGUAUCAUGAAUAAAUUAAAUUUUGACUGCCAACACUGCAUAAUUAGAAGCGAUGUUUGGUUUAACUCGAUGUUGGCUUCUUUAAGUUCUGACGACAAUUAGUUGUUCGUUACAGCAGCACAGUUGUUGAAGAAGGCCUGGAAUUCUGUCAAGGAAUCCUAUAAAAUAAUAAUUAGCAAUUUGUUAUCAAGAAGUGCGCCCAAUUUCGAUUCACUAGCUUUUUGGUGCAGAUGGAGAGAGGAAAACUGUAUCCAACCCUAUUUUUUACAUGUGCAUCACUCAUGUGCGUACCUCAUUCUAGCAGCGCCAAGGGCUUCAGACGGGAUGGAAAAUACGUUAAUCAUCCAGAAUGUUUCUCGUUUAAUUUUGUCUCAGCUUCAUUAACACCCGAGCUGCUAAAUGCUAACAAAAUUCAAAAUUGGAGUGAUGUAAUUCAUAGUGAAACCUGUGACCACUACAACAUUGAGGUGAGUCUCAGUUUGUUUCGGUGAGUGGCAGAAAUUUGUUUUUAUUUCCACAAAUUACGUAAUGAAGGUGUUUGUGCACCGGCGAAUGGAAGCAAACUCAUAGCUUUGAUUUUGUUUUGGAAAUAAUGAGUGCGACGAACUUUAACUAAAUAACAUUCCUCUAUAAAACAAGCGAUUCAUGGUUUCGUCCCUAAAGUAAUGGUUUAAGAAUACUUAUUAUACUUUGACACUAAACCUGUUACAUAGCAUGAUGAAAAAUAGGCGUUUUAAAGAAGACUACACUUUCUUCGAGUAUUUAUAUAACUAUUAUUUUUGUUGCUGUUGUUGUUUUCUUCCUUUUGGCAGAGCCCGUGCACGAGCAAUCCUUUUUGCCGGCCGAAUUAUAAUCAAGACGAUUAUCAAUGUGUUUGCAAACCAGGUUACAGUGGGGUAUUCUGCGAAACAGGUCGGUUUUUAUCACUGUCUUUCGAUUUUCUCCUGGUAGCGGUAUACUCUUGGCCUACUCUACUGAUAUAAAUUCUUUCCAGAUGUGUGUGUAUAUAUAUAUAUAUAUAUAUAUCUGAAAGCAAAUAACCGAGGAGAGAUGCUUAGUACUUUAAUUUGAUCUCGCUAUAUCUUCUUGAUGAACGUAAAUUGAUAGGUUUGAUGGAUUUGAGCUUUAUAUGUAUGGAAAUAAUGAAUGAUAAAUGAGGUCUUGUUCCGAUCUAUGGACUUAACACUGUUUGAAGAGCACGACUCAGCCUGCUGAAUUCUGUCCGUCUUAAUCGGCUCCCCAGCAAAUUGAAGCAUACUGACCGUAGUCUAUAUCAAGCUGCACAAGUCAGGGACGAAAGCCUUCCUAGUUAUUCUAUUCAGCUCUUAAAUCUAUUCAUUGGAGUUAAAAUUAAGUACAAUUUUAGUUAGAUCCUCAAACUUUCGUCGACAGUAGGUUCACCUUUUGGCAGGCCUAAGAGUUUCAAUGACGGCGGCCGAGAUCUUAGCGUAGUCUCCGACUUGAAAACAGCGCGUACGCUUUGUUGUUGUAGGAAACGGCGAAGCUGUUCGGACAGACCUUUGACAUAAGGUAAAACCGCAGUACCUUUGAACUCGUUGGCGGGCUCGGCACCGUUGUUUGGUUUUUCGGUCUUGGUAACUUUCUGCAAGAAAGAAGAAGGAUAACCAUUAUUUUCUCCUCGAAGAUGACGGAGGGUUUUGUUACGAGACGUUUGGCGCACUCGUAAAGGCACUUAACAAUACCGCGUUUUACUGAUUGAGGGUGAUGUGAAUCAUACGCUAAGUUUUGAUCGGUGUGCGUGGGCUUCCUGUAUACGCUGGUGGUGAGGCGGCCGUCAGGUUCUCUUAAAACUGCGGUGUUUAGGAAGGACAGUUUGUUGUCUUUCUCUGUCUCCAUGGUGAAGCGGAUGGAAGGCUGCUGGUUGUUUAGAUGCGGUAGAUCUCAGUUAGUACGACCAAAAGACGCUGUCGACCCGGCUAAACAAGAUGGCGUAGUUUACAGGAUUCCCUGUGAAUGCGGAAAGGUGGACAUCGGAGAGACUGGAAGACCUAUGCAAGACAGAAUUAAGGAGCACGAUCGAGAUAUUCGACUCGCCCGUACCGAGACCUCCGCCGUUUCAGAGCAUGCCCACAACACCGGACACAAGCCACUCCGGAACGAAGUAAAGUGAAGUAAAGUUUACUGAUCGUGACCCUUAUUACUACGCACGCAGGGUCAGAGGGGCAAUUCACAUAAGACUUCACCCUAACAACAUCAACAGGGAUAGUGGAAUAGAAAUCCCAGAGGCGUGGAUGCCCACAAUCAAAAAACACAACAACAGGAGAGCCGUGCGACAGCUGACCGCCGAGGGAGCAAAUCACUGAAUGAACAGCAAGGAUCGAAAUGCACCAAUCCGAGCUGUCGAAAAAAAACAACUAAUCACAGCAGAGCAUCAUGCUUUAUAAGAUCACGCAUGACCAGUCGACCUCAUCGCCUGAAGAAGACUAGCAGUAUGCGUUCGAAACGUCGCGAUUUACAUCACACGUGACUACAUCGUGAGACAAACGAAAAUACCUAGCUUUUAUGGUUAUUCACCACGAUGAAUAACCACAGCCGUUUUCUAAAAAAGAAUUACUGGAACACUCACUGGCAUCUGUGUAUGUUUAUACUGGGUUUAUUUCUAAGAUGUUGUAUGGCGGAAGGGAGAUUGUGACACAAAGAAAACCGUAAAAAGACGAAUUUAAGAGAAAUUUGAAAAACUCAUGAACGUGGCUUCCUCCUAUAGCCUCUUCGUUCUACUCACUUGUUUCACAGCGCGCCCCUGUGUAUCCAACGGAACAAGCACAAACAUAUGCAUCAAUCUGGUCAUUGCAUUCCGUCGUUUAGAUAUAGUAUAGGAUUACUGGAACAUUCAUUGAUGUCUGUGUAAACACAAUGAAUUUAAGGUCAGUAAAUUUGGUAAUUUUUUACUUAGAGAUGCGAAGAGAAACAGAAUUUCAUUUAAGAUGAUUAACACUUGAAAGUUAAUCAGUCCAGUGACGACGUUGUUUAGGGUUUCAAACAACCCGUGGAAAACUUUGGGUGAGACUCCAGAAAAUGUGGCAACAGAGACUGAUAUAACUGAAAAUAAAUGAAUAGCAUUGAAGUUAGGGGCAAGAAACCUAAGGUAACAGCGUCUGACGACCAUACCUGUGUCACAUCGCACGCCUACGAAUCCAUGUAAGCUUACGGUAGCAAAAUUGUUUUGGUCGCCGUUCAAGAUCAAGGCUCCCACCACAUGUCGUCAGCAAUUGACGCCCUUAAGAGACUGGGCGCCAAAAAUGCUGUGCAGGUGCAGUUACGUAAACCAUCGUGGAUAACACAAAAACACGCCAGCAGGGGAAAAGGCCCUAGUGAAUUUACAUUAAUGAUUUCUUUGCCAGCAGGUAAGUUGAGACAGUUAUUGCCCUUCAUGCCACCUCACUGA